UUUUCAAGUCCACCUGACAGACCACCUCGGACUUUACGUAGCCGGCAGCUACAUCCCCUUCCGCCGUCCACCACCACCAAUGAAGCAGCAGAAAACAUGGCCUUCCAAAUCGGACACUCCCCACUUUACCGGCCUGCCCUUUACCAGAAAAGAAUCCGAUCACCGCCGCCGCCGCCACCACCACCACCACUCUUCCUCCAAAUCCAAUACCUCAGGGUCCACGAGGAAAUCUACCUCUUCCUCGUCGAAAACCCAUGUCUCCAACAACCUUAAACAUCAGCAAUACGAUUACUCUUUGCUCCCUUUUGAAUUAGUGCAGAAAAUCGCCGCGUCUUUCUCGCUGCCCAAUUUACGGGCUGCGUCGCUGGUUUGCCACGAUUGGAGGGACGCCCUCCAGCCCUUGAGGCAAGCUAUGAUGUUUCUGAGGUGGGGUAAGCGGUAUAAGCAUGGGCGAGGUGGGUUGAGGUCGAACAUCGAUAAGGCCUUAGAAUAUUUUCUAGAAGGAGCGGCGCGUGGGUCCACGCCCUCCAUGGUGGAUGCCGGCUUGAUUUAUUGGGAGAUGGGGAAGAAAGAAAAGGGGAUUGCUUUAUAUAGGAAGGCUGCUGAGCUUGGUGACCCGAAUGGCCAGUGCAAUUUGGGUAUUUCCUACUUGCAAGCUGAUCCACCAUCCUACAAGGAGGCGGUGGAAUGGCUGUACAAAGCCUCGUUUGCUGGCCAUGUUCGUGCUCAAUACCAACUUGCACUUUGUCUACAUCAAGGUCGAGGGAUGGAUCAGAAUCUACAGGAAGCGGCACGGUGGUAUCAGCAAGCUGCUCAAGGUGGCUAUGUGCGUGCUAUGUAUAACACAUCCUUGUGCUAUUCGUUUGGCGAAGGUUUGGCGCAAUGUCGUAGAUUAGCAAGAAAGUGGAUGAAGCGGGCAGCUGAUCGAGGUCAUAGCAAAGCUCAACUUGAGUAUGGGCUGCUGCUAUUCUCAGAAGGGGACAUGAUGAAGGCUGUGGUGUACCUGGAGCUUGCGAUGCGAGCUGGUGAGACAGCUGCAACUUCCGUGAAAAACGUUAUACUUCAGGAGAUGUCUACCCCUUCCCGUGACCGAGUCAUGCAUCUCGCUGAUAAUUGGCGUGCCUUGCCUUCAUCUCGCUGAACUGUUUAGUGCCGCCUUUGUUAAUAAACUGCUGUAAUAUAGCUUAGUAGAUAAAUUUUGUGGUGUCUUGUGUCUUGUCUGCAAAACUUAAAUGAGAUGUAAAGAAGAGAAUUUGGGAGACUGUUACCUGAUCCCGGGAUAAUAAUGUAUUAUGGAGUCCUCGUAGAUCUGCAGCUACUCUUUCAAUCUGAACGGAAAUAGGUAUCAUCAAACAAGUUUCUCUGGCCUGUGUAAAUGUACUAACGGGUAUUAAACAAUGGGUUAGAAGUUUCUUUA